CUUGGGAAGGGGAGAAGUUGGUCCGUCCGUCUGUCUGUCUGUCCUUGUCCUGGGCGAAAGAGAGAGAGAUAGAAAAAAAGAAAGAGGAAAAUGGAGGGAACGGAGCCUCAGAGCCAAGCAGCAACAGCAGCACCACCACCACCACCAGGCUGCUGCUAUACACUAGAGCCGUCUGAGUACGCGAGUGAAGACAUACUCUUCUGUAUCGAUGUGGAUCCUGAAUCGUUGUCCGAGAUGAGAGGCACAGGCCCUAACGGCCGACCUAUCACCAGAUUGGACUCUAUCAAGCAAGCCAUCCUCCUUUUCAUCAACGCCAAACUCACCAUUAAUCCCGAUCACCGCUUUGCCUUCAUCGCCCUUGGCAAAUCCGCUUUCUGGCUCAGGAAAGAUUUCAGCAAUGACGUUGACUCAGCAAUGGCUGCAUUCAGUGCUCUUUCAGUUGAUCAUUCCUCUUGCGGCGGCCAAGCAGACCUUACACAACUCUUCAAAGUUGUGGCACACGAAGCUAAGAAAUCGCGAUUACAAAAUCGAAUUCUCAGAUUGAUCCUAUUAUACUGCAGAUCUUCCACACCACCGCAGCAUCAAUGGCCAGCUGCUAACCAGAAGCUGUUCACAUUAGAUGUGGUAUACCUUCACGACAAGCCUGGGACAGAGAACUGCCCGCAGAAGGUGUACGAUGCUCUUGUGGAUGCCCUGGAACUUGUGAGCGAGUUCGAGAGCUAUAUUUUCGAAAGUGGUCAAGGCAUUCCGCGCAUCCUCUUCCGUUUCAUGUGUUCAUUGUUAGCUCAUCCUCAGCAGCGUUGUGUUCAAGAUUACAUUGAUUUUCCCAAAUCUCUUGCAAAGAAGUCGCCUUUAGCUGAUGCCGCCGCCCCCACAGAAGAGAAUAAUGCUCCUGUAGUAUUAUCUACUUAAAGUAAGUGUAGUUACUUUCUGUGAAUAACUAUGUUUUUGUCUUCUACUUUUGAUUUUGAACUUAAGCUUGCUAAGAAUCUAUACCUGCAAUUGGUGUUGAAUUGUUACUUGUGAGGA